AUGACCACCACUACCGGAACUAUCACCCAGUCUGAUGCUUCAUCAUGGAAAACAACCAAGGAUCCUGCAGGGGAUCUCGUCCAGUCUGCCCUCAAUGUCCACACUAAGCCACUCUGGACCCAGAUGGCUCGUUUAAACCCUCCGGAGCCGAACCCAACCUGUAUCCCAUUUAUCUGGCGAUACGACGAAGUCAAACCAAGCCUUCUGCGGGCGGGAGAAAUCAUUACGGAGGCCCAAGCGGAAAGACGAGUGUUGAUGCUGGUCAAUCCUGCCCGAGAUGCCCCAUAUACAACCGACACACUUUACGCCGGGCUUCAACUCGUGAUGCCAAACGAGACCGCCCGAGCUCACCGUCAUACUGCAUUUGCCAUGCGCUUCAUCAUCGAAGGCCAAGGCGGCUUCACCGCCGUCCACGGCAAACGCAUUACUAUGCAACGCGGUGACGUGAUCCUCACUCCGACCUGGAACUGGCAUGACCACGGCAAAGACGGCUCUGGGCCCAUGAUCUGGCUCGACGGCCUCGACCUACCUAAUUUCCGACACUUUCCCGUCCAUUUUGUCCAGCAUUUCCAACAGCCGAGAUAUCCUGCACAGGAUGUCGACUCGAAUGAUUCCCCCAUAGUCUUCCCGUGGAAGGUGAUGCAACAGAAGCUCGAUGAGAAGAAAGGAGACUGGGCAUCCGAGGACUAUUUGAAAAAAGAUGGUAGACCAGUAUCAAAAGUCCUCGGUGGCUCCGCCGAGCGUCUGAACGCAGGCUGCACUUCUCCUGCUGUCCGCGAGACCGCUUCGUCCGUUUAUCACGUUGUCACGGGCCAAGGCUACAGCGUUGUCAAUGGACAGCAGAUCCAAUGGAAGCAAGGAGAUACUUUCUGCAUCCCGGCCUGGAACAAGUACGAACACACCGCCGAGGGAAGCGAGACUGUGUACUUGUACAGAUUCCACGAUAAGCCUAUGCUGAACUCGCUUGGGUUUUACCGGGUUGAAGGGAGUGAUGUUGAGAGCUUGGUGUCUGACUAA